GUCAAGGUGGAGGCCUCAAGCGCGAACAGCCCACCCUCAUCCACCCCACCACUUUACUCUCGCGCGCCGGCGGCAGGCUGCCGCCUCCAAACUCCUCGUCUAUCCCGCUCCCGCUGCCACCCACCGCCAAGCUCACCACCACCCUCGACCCUCGUGCCGGCCCCUUCCGCUCUUACGAUCCCGCCGGUAGCCGCGCGUCAGCGCGGGUUCCAGGCGUUACCUCUUCAGCACCGGCACGCACACCGGGUGUUCGACGGAUUGCCGGAGCCCCGCUCCCGUCGCACUUGGGCACCGCCUGAGCCGUCAGGUGCGUGUUUCUGCACGGUCAAGUGAGGCGAAGUUCUGUUGCUAAAGGCAAGGAUAUGCGGUUCGCGGUGACCAAAGUGUGCGGUGGGGGGAAGGCGCGGGCGGGCGCGCUCCACAUAGGCGGCAGCGGCAUUGAGACGCCGGCACUGCUGCUUUCCACGCGCAAGGGGCUCCCUGCGUUCGUGUCCUGCGACCUGCUAGCCUCGCUGCCCCUCCCGGACUCCCUACUCCUCCAUGUCUGCCCAACCCACUUUAUGGAGGGCCCUCCGUCGAAAACAAUAUCUAACAUUGGUGGUUUGCACCGUAUGCUGGGUCUGCCUGAUCACAUCCUUGUAGCUGCAGCAAGUGACUCUAUUGAGAGUUUACCAGCAAGUGAAGCCAGUAAUAAAUUUGGUGCCUCCUUUGAAACACCAUCGGGUCGUAGACUGGUCAAACCGUCAGACUAUAUGGAGUUGAUUUCCUGCAUGAAGCCUAAUCUAUGGGCAAGUUUGGCGGAUGAGGUCCCGGCUUGGGUGACUGAGAAGCGGAAUAAAAUCUCUGUUGGCAGAACGUUACGAUGGCUUGACGCCUGUAUUGCUUUGGAUCCGGAUUCCGGAACAAAUACUUUUGCUGUAGUUGUGGGGGGAUCCAGCAUAGAACAACGAAAGCUAUGUGCCACUGAAGUAUCCAAGCGAAACGUGUCAGGCUUUUGGAUUGGAGGAUUUGGCUUUGGAGAGAGUAUGGAAGAACGUUGCAACUUACUCAAUGAAGUAACAGAGUGCUUGCCACCAGAGAAACCUCGGCUUGUCUCUAGACUUGGUCUUCCAGAGGAGGUAUUGGAGGGUGUUGCUGCUGGUAUCGACCUUUUUGACUCCACGUACAUUAACCAACUUACUAUGGGUGGUUUCGCACUGAUCUUCCCUGUUGAUACGGUCCAAAGAGAGAUGCUGAAUGGUGUAUUCAACAAAAGUGGUGCGGAUUAUACAAAGAUUAAUCUGCGUGCAACGACAUAUCGGAAAGAUACGUCGCGGCUGGUUGAUAGCUGUAGCUGCUUCACUUGCCAGAACCACACUCGUGCGUACCUGAAUCAUUUGCUGAAUGUCCAUGAGAUGCUGGCUCAGAUCCUACUGGAGAUACAUAAUACACAUCACUAUCUUUGCUUUUUCCGUUCGAUACGGGAUGCUAUCAAGGUUGGAGAGUUUGAUCUCUUUCGGCAGCAGUUUGUUCAGAACAGGCGUGCCCAUGUUACUGCUGCGGUGCUCUAGACACGAUCAAGAAUUCAUUUGGUUGCUCGUACAAGAUUGACCAAUGAUCUACUCAGAUUUAUCUACCCCAGAAACAUUACUAGUCAUUAGUCAACACUGUGGUCCACUAUUGUCAAACCCGAGAGAAUUCUGGAAUGAGGCUCAUUGCAAAUUUAGAAAACUAAUAUCGGAAAGUCCCAGAGAAUGAACUCCUAAGCAUUCAGUUUUCCCAUAUUUCCAGGAAUUUUAAUUUGUACUUAUUUGGUUUGUGUGGGGGAAGUUUUUUCAGUUUAAGCCAAUGUAUGAAGUUGUCAACGGACUUCAAAGCCACUGUGGUCUUUUUCAUGCCUAUCGCCAUUCAAAAGCUCACACCUUAUACACUGAGUAAGAUUGUUUAUGUGUUGCAUUC